AAAGCAGACUCAAAAACACGAAGGAUACGCGUCUUUUUUGUCUAUCAAAUACUUAGAAGGCAAAAACGGUUGUUCUGAUCAAUUUUUUACUCCAUUUUUAGCACAAACAAGAAGAAAUGGGGUUGCUUUCUAAUAGAAUUGAUAGAAGCAGCCUCAAACCUGGAGAUCAUAUUUAUUCUUGGCGCACUGCUUAUAUAUAUGCCCAUCAUGGUAUCUAUGUUGGGGAUAAUAAAGUCAUUCACUUCACAAGACGUGGUCAAGAAGUAGGAACUGGGACUGUUUUGGAUCAUAUCUUGGUAAGCUCAAUUCCAAAUCGAUCUACUGUUCCUUGUACCGUUUGCACCCCACCAGCAGAUGGUCACGGAGUAGUCUCGUCAUGUUUGGACUGCUUUCUUGCUGGAGGUAUCCUCUAUCGCUUUGAAUAUGCUGUAACUCCCGCUAUCUUCCUUGCAAAAGCUCGUGGAGGAACAUGCACCCUUGCAGUCUCGGAUCCAGAUGACAUUGUGGUCCAUCGAGCAAACUACCUCCUUACUAAUGGCUUUGGACUGUACAAUGUGUUCAAGAACAACUGUGAGGACUUUGCCAUCUAUUGUAAGACAGGACUGCUCGUGGUAGAUCAGAGUACAAUGGGACAAAGUGGACAAGCAGUGUCUAUAAUCGGUGGACCACUUGCGGCUGUUAUGUCAACACCACUACGUCUCGUCACCACCAAUGUAUAUGGAAUGGUGGCAACAGCUGUUGGAGUCUAUUGUGCCAGUCGCUAUGCAGCUGAUAUUGGAAUGCGGAGUGAUGUGAUGAAAGUAUCUGUGGAAGAUCUAACAACGAGGCUUACAACUGGCUUGUUGCAGGUUGUUGAACCAAGCCUCGUAGUUUUGCCACCUACCGUUUGCUAGUAUCGUUUCUUGAUAUGUAAUAACGCGCUAUAGAAACAAAAAGUGAGCGUUCUUUUAAAACCAUUGGAGCCUCUUACUAUAUGUCCUAAGGCUCUGUUGUACUUUAUUAUGUGUUGCUUUGCCCUCUUACUAUAUGUCCUAAGGCUCUGUUGUACUUUAUUAUGUGUUGCUUUGCCUCCAAAAGAGGUUGUAAUGUGACUAUUGUAAUUGUGAAUUUGUGAUGUUUAGUUUCAUUUUCCCUUCCUCUUUAUUUAGGUAGGGAUAUGUUUCUUUCUCA